UAUGAAAUUGCUUGCGCUUUUUAUUAACGAUUUGCUUUUUUCAAUGCAAAGGUGAUGCAAUAUGAUUAAUGAAACGACUCGAAGUUUCUUCGGCCGCUGUCCAGGGUCCUGAUGCGUUUUCUGGCGUUGCUCCACUCCAACGCAUGCAGCUGGUCCUGCAAAUGGGUCAAGCAUGAGUUGAAUGGUGAAAUCCUUCAACUCGCUCGCCUGGUAUGUGUAACCACAAGACCGCCGUUACUCUCUGUGAAGAUUUAACCUUAUGAAUGUGAGCAAUCUGACAGGAAAUAUGCGGAGAACGUAUAAAGGCUAUAUGCUUACGCAAAACGUUCCAUUAAGCCGUCGAUGGACUCAAAACAGCAACCUUAAAACACCAAAGAUAAAGAGAGCGAGUGUGAGAGGGAGUUGUGGGUGUUUUAGGGGCUUCAUCUAAAUGCGCAGCGCAUAUCAGGGAACAUUGCGAGUCUGCGCAGAUAGUCGCCCGGUGUUGCAACACAAGAGAACAGCGAGUGAUAUCCAGACCACGUUUCUUAGUUUGCAUCUCUGCUUUUCUUUAUAUGUCCACCUAUCUCUCAUUUCGCACAAUCAGACUGCUGUAAGAGACAACCAUCCUCUUAUUUUUGUGGAGGGAGAACAUUUCUUUGUCUACUGAACUUGAAGUUUUUCAGUUCGUCUUGAGGGAAUGUUUGUGCACAAGCGCGCGCCGCAGCCGUGACAGACAGCGCGAGACAGUCUGCAUUCGGCACGUCCUUUAGCGAAACCUCCUGACUACAUGGACGGUUCAAAGAUGAUUUGAAGAACUGCAGCAGUUUUCCAGCGAACCUGUUUACCAUCCUGCACUUUAUAGUUCAUCUCCACAGCUGAUCAGUAUAUAAUCGCAUCAGUGCUCCAGACAAAAUGGCUUCCGCAGAGAGAAAAUGUCAGCACUUGUUUUUGCUCAUCCUUUUGCCUUUGAUCUCAUGCAUGCACCCAGACUGUGUCAUGCAGCUAGAGAAAGAGAAGUGUAUGGAAAGAAUGGCAAUGGAUGAUCCUAGCAGUGAACCUGAAUUAGUCUGCAGAUGGAUGUGGGACAAUCUCACCUGUUGGCAGCCGGCAAGAAUUGGCCAGGUGGUCUGGAUGCCCUGCCCUGAGUUAUUUGACUUCAUGAGCGAAGAAAACAAUGACUUUGGAAAGGUGAGUCGUAACUGCACAGAAUAUGGCUGGUCGGAAAUGUUCCCUCACUAUGUUGACGUUUGCCUUUUUAAUGACAAUGGAACAAACCCAGAUAUCUACUAUGUGUCAGUAAAGGCUCUGUAUACUGUGGGCUACAGCACAUCACUGGUGUCUCUCACCACUGCCAUGGUCAUUCUCUGCAGAUUCAGGAAACUACAUUGCACCAGGAACUUUAUUCAUAUGAACCUGUUUGUAUCCUUCAUCCUGAGGGCAAUCGCAGUCUUUAUUAAAGACGGCAUUUUAUAUGCAGAGGAGGACAGCAACCAUUGCUUCAUGCACACCAUGGAGUGCAAGGCGGUGGUGGUAUUUUUCCAUUGUUGCGUUUUGUCAAACUACUUUUGGCUGUUUAUAGAGGGCCUGUACCUUUUCACACUACUUGUUGAGACAUUUUUCCCCGAAAAAAGAUACUUCUACUGGUACACCAUUAUUGGAUGGGGUACUCCAACGAUUUGUGUGACAGUCUGGGCUGUCCUUAGAGCUCAUUUUGAUAACAUUGGGUGUUGGGACAUUAAUGACAAUGCUGCCAUCUGGUGGGUUAUCAAGGGUCCUGUUCUUGCCUCUAUCAUGAUUAAUUUUCUACUCUUCAUUGGCAUCAUUAUAAUCCUGGUGCAAAAGCUUCAAUCUCCAGAUGUUGGAGGGAAUGAAUCCAGCAUUUAUCUGUUAGUCUUAUAUAUAACUUUGUAUUACAAAUUGUUUUUAUUUAUAUUCAUUUUAAAUGAACAUCAGUAUAUUCAUGUGAAGUUCACUGAUGUGAUUGACAGGCGUCUGGCCCGUUCCACACUUCUCCUCAUUCCUCUGUUUGGAAUCCAUUAUACUGUGUUUGCUUUUACACCAGAAGAUGUCAGCAAGAGAGAAAGACUUGUGUUUGAACUCGGUCUUGGCUCAUUUCAGGGUUUUGUAGUAGCUGUCCUUUACUGCUUUCUCAAUGGAGAAGUGCAGUCAGAAAUCAAACGGAAAUGGCGCAGCUGGACGGUGAACCGCUACUUCGCCGUGGAUAUGAAGCACAGGCAUCCGUCCCUGGCCAGCAGUGGCGUGAACGGAGGCACCCAGCUCUCCAUCCUCAGCAAAAGCAGCUCACAAAUUCGCAUGUCCAGCCUGCAGGCUGAAACUCCAGCCACAUGAGAGCUCAGAAGACAACACACACGGUUCAGAAGUGCAGACUGAAUACCAAACUCCUCAAAACUACAUCUGUAUAAUAAUCUACAUCAAAAUCCAAGCAAGGUUUCCUCAUCUUUGGGGUUUGUAUUGUGUUGGAUAAAGGUGUAAUGAACAUUGAUGGUCUGUAGAGGGCAGGCUUUGCUAUGGAAAUCUGAGGAGCUCACAAUCACUGAUCUAUUGUGUGCCAAACAAUGAUGGAUACUUUUGCUAUGAACUGAGUUGAUCUAAAAGGAUUGGAAUCUAAGGCCACAGGCUGUGUACUAUAGAAAUUGAUGAAUCCAUUGAAAGAAAGGGUUUAAAGUAACUGAUGAUCGGGUAAUGAAGAACAAGGUGGAUGUCUUUGUACAUACCAACAGUGAAUCUGUUUCGCUUUUUCUAUUUUGUGAAACUUGUGUUUAUGCUCAAUACGAUACAUUUUUAAAAAAAAUCUCUGAGGAUACAGAUGGAGAAGAUAAAGAGAGUUAUAGCUGGUGUUGUGGUAAAGGGACAUGUGACAUGAAAAAGUUUUUGAAGGAGGACGAACCACAAAUUUCCCACAGGACUUAAUCAGUCCCUGAAUCUUGAUGCACAGACUCAUGUCAAAGUCAUGUAAAUAUUUUAUAUGCAGAAAAAUCAAGUCUAAGGAGAAAUGAUAAAUGCCAUGAAUUUUUUUUGGAGAUUUGUUCUUUACAGGUAUAUAGAUGUUUUUUGGGAGCAGUACAGUGCACAUGGUCAUGUGACCUAUUUAGCAUUCUAAUAGGAGGAUUGAAAACUUCUGGGCUUCAGUCACAGCCUUAAAUAAGGCUUAAACAUCAAUCUGAACAUUUCAGUCGAAGGGCUGAAAGAGACUUUUAUACUCUACUCUGGUUGGUUGGUUGGAUCAGAUUUUUUCUCCUGUGGAACCUGAUGACCUCACGUGUUACAUCACUUGUUUUCAUAAGAGGAUUCCUCAUUUAAUUUUUAAUGUGGUUUAGAUGCGCUUCUAGUUUUUUAAACAGCCGCUAUUACAGAAAAUGUCAAUUAAAAUAUGACAAUGCAACAACAGACAUGCCACUAGAUUUGGCAUAUUUACCUAUAAUUGGGUAAAAUGGGUAUAGGUUUGGUAUAAGACUUCUAUUUCCCCAACAGACAGUGGUUAUUGGGUCUUGUACAGUGAAUUUAGAGGAAGAAAAUUAUUAUGAAAAAUUAAUUUUGAAUCUUUACAAUAAAUCACCUAAACCACUGAAUAAUUUAAUCGACUAAGCAAAUUUUGUAAAACUUUUUUAAAGGAAAAUUUUCAGACGAAUUUUCUGAUACUAUUUGACCUUUUGCUCAUUUUGUAAUUUGAUGUCAUGAAAUUAAUAUUACUAGUAAGAUACCACAGAUAACACAUUUACAAAUAUAGCACUAAAGAUUCCAAAGAGUUUUUUUUGUAUUUUACCCCUACUAGAGAGCACCUGCCGUACACGUUUGCAAAGUCUUUGCAACUGAUGUCACUAAACUGAAAAUAUUCAAAUAUUCUCAUGAUUUUUUUCUUUCUUCAAAGUGCCUUUUUUGCAAAGAGACAUUUUAUUUUAAAGUUAUGCUACAACAUACAUAAAAUUGCAUCCCUGCUUGAAAGUGCUUUAAUUUUACGCUUAUAAAACAAAAGUUCAUCAGAGCCAACAAGACAAAAGGCAUUAAUGUUAAAUAAAAAUAAAUGGCAAUUGCUUUUUGUGUUAAUUGAUGAACUCCAAUAGUUAAGGGAAUGUAGGUAAUUUGCUUAAAUAUAAUGUACGUUUGAAUGAAAAUGAUUAUGAGACAUGCUGCAUCUUACUUCCAAAUUUAUUUAACAAACUGUUUAUAUUUAGAUCUAAUCUUUGUAAAGCAUUGUGAUUAUAGUUUUUAGAUGGAUCCAUCACAAACAAAAUGCCUUGUUUUUAUACCAUAACUGGAAAAAAAGAAAAGGCACAUAAUUAUAAAUAUGUUAUACAGGUAUGUUUUAUAUGAUCACUAUUUAUUUACAAAAUAGAUUUUUUUAGUAACUCCAUAAGCUAUCAAGAAUUAUGCAGAAUGAUUAAGCUCAGUGUUUACACAAUUCAUCUGAACUUUAACCUGAUAUACCCUUUGUCCAAGAUUUAUAAUGAAGCGAUGAGCAAAAAAUAUGAAUAAUUUACUAAUAAUUAUGAAAUAUGCCCUUUGCAUUUUCACUACUUCUGUAUAUCAUUCUCUGUAAUUCUUGUUUAAUAACAGUGUGAAGCAUUACACUUUGCUCGGCGUUAUAACAGUAAAGAUGCUGGAGCGAUACACUGUGGAUGCUUAAUGCAGAGAUUAUGAGUACUUUUCUGUGUAAAUGUUAAAAUAACACAAAAACUUUUCUCUGCAUUGUGAUGUUUAAAUGUAAAGUUCAGAUUCGCUGCAAACGAUGCAUGCUUUUCUGUAAUUUGUGGGCAUUAAAGCAUACAACAAAAGUAGGUGGCUUAUCGUAUUGAUGUGCAGUAGUAUUCUUGUUUUUGAAAAAAAAAAAACAGCUGUCCCACCACCAAAAAAAAGAGAUCUAGUAUAAUCUAGUCUAAAUUUAAGGCCAACAACCAUGUCCACUCUUUUUGGAUUUCUCAAUAAAUUCAGUACACUCUGAAUCAAAAAAUUGGUUCAACUUUAAAAAAGUAAGUUUACCUGGUUGCCUUAAAUAUUUUAGUUAAUUCAACUUAAAAUAUUAGUUGACAAAAACUUUUUUGAGUCAACUAAUAUUGUUGAAAAUUUUAAAGCAACCAGGUAACUUGGUUCAUUUUGUUUGUUUGUUUGUUUUUGUUUUCAGGUUUUUUGAAGUUUGUUUUAACAAUUCUCUGUACUGCACAUACGUUUAUUUUACAAGACCACCCUCAUACAGGUCACCAUUGAAAUCUACCCAGGCCUCACCCGGAGCCAGAUAACCUGCACAACUUUUAACCUUACAACAAUCAUCAAUAUUAAAAAAAAUCAACUACAUCAAAAUGAUUGUCUCUGUCCUACAUAUAUAGGCUGCUGGCUUAACAUUAACUAAACCCAAGCAGACAAUUAGAUUUGAAUGCUUUUCUUGUUGUUCUUUCUCUUGUAAAUGUAAAACGUGUGUAAAUGUGUAAGUAACAUGUACUGUAGAAAAAAAGAUAAUACGUAGAUGUAUAGUAUAUUCAAUGUUGCUUUAAUGGAAAAGUGGUAUUUAAGGCAAACUAAGUAUGGAAAUUGUGAGUGUUUGUCUUAUUUUAAACCACAUGAAGCACAUCAUUCACCGAAUAAUAGUGUUUAGAAUACUAAUAUAUCAGAGGAUUUUUAUUGGGCGUAGAUUUGUAAUCUUUUUGAAUGUUUUACACAAUGUUGCAGCAUAAUGCAACUAAUCAUGUUUUUACAUUUGUAAAUAGUUUUUUUUGUGUAUUUUGUUUAUAUUUUAUGGUGUAUUUUUUUAAUUGUUGGCAUUUUAUGUUUUUAUGUAUUGCAAUUCUUUGUGCCGAUUAUAGAAUAUUGUUUUCUGAAACACCAUUAAAUAAUUUAAAAAAGUUCA